GAGAGAGAGGUUACACUUCCUCAUUGGUCGGUCUCAGCUCUGCAAUGGCUUCUCUGUGGAAUUCUGGAGAGGAAUGAAGAAACCCUCAUAGAGAGAAAAAUGGCGGGAAAAUACGUGGCAUCAUCGUCUCUACCAAACCCUAGAGGCGGAAGCACCAGAUCUCCGAUCCUCCUUCUCACCUUCUCUCUCCUCUCCCUUUCUCUCCUUCUCUUUCUCUUCUCCAUCCUCCCCUCCCAUCCAAACCCCAACCCUAACCGUAACCCUAACCUUAACACUCUUCUACCUGAAUCCAGCUUCGUUGCUUCUCUCGAACACUUCCUCAUUUCCAAGUCCCCCAGAUCUCCUCCAAUUCGAGAUGAUACUGUUGGUUCAGAUGACCCGGAGGCAGUGAAGAAGCUCGAUGAUUUGGUGUGGCAGAGGGAGAUUCGGAGGGUGUACGAGGACCCGUACUAUCCGGCGGCGUCGGGGGUGACGUCGGCCAUUAGGGUGUAUGUGUACGAGAUGCCGGCGAAGUUUACGUAUGAUCUCCUCUGGUUGUUUCGGAACACUUAUAAGGAGACUUCGAAUCGUACUUCCAAUGGUAGCCCCGUGCAUCGCCUGAUUGAGCAGCAUUCUAUUGAUUACUGGCUAUGGGCGGAUUUGACUGCACCAGAAUCAGAAAGGCUUUUGAAAAAUGUUGUCAGAGUGCAUAGGCAGGAGGAGGCGGACCUAUUCUACAUUCCAUUCUUCACAACCAUCAGCUUCUUCUUGUUGGAGCCAGAGCAGUGGAAGCCACUUUACAGGGAAGCUUUGAAGUGGGUGACUGAUCAACCUGCAUGGAAACGGUCUGAAGGGAGGGACCACAUACUUCCAGUUCAUCAUCCAUGGUCUUUCAAGACUGUUCGGAAAUCCAUGAAGAAUGCAAUUUGGCUGUUACCAGACAUGGACUCCACAGGGAACUGGUACAAGCCUGGACAAGUUUCACUUGAAAAAGAUCUAAUACUUCCUUAUGUUCCAAAUGUCGAUUUGUGUGAUGCCAAAUGCUCAUCGGAAAGUGAAUCAAAGAGGAAGACACUUCUAUUCUUCCGUGGGAGGCUUAAAAGGAAUGCUGGGGGGAAGAUUCGUGCUAAGCUUAUGGCAGAACUAAGUGGUGAUGAUGGUGUGGUUAUACAGGAGGGAACUGCUGGGGAAGGGGGGAAAGAAGCUGCCCAGAGAGGGAUGCGCAAGUCUAUUUUUUGCCUAAGUCCAGCUGGUGACACUCCAUCCUCUGCUAGAUUGUUUGACGCUAUUGUUAGUGGGUGCAUCCCUGUUAUAGUUAGUGAUGAACUGGAGCUUCCUUUUGAAGGAAUACUUGAUUACCGGAAGAUAGCUCUAUUUGUUUCCUCCAGUGAUGCUAUGCAGCCAGGUUGGCUUUUGACAUUUCUGAAAAGUAUCAGUCCUGCUCAAAUUAAAGAAAUGCAAAGGAACCUAGCCAAGUACUCGAGGCAUUUUGUAUAUUCCAGUCCAGCUCAACUCUUGGGUCCAGAAGACUUGGUGUGGAGAAUGCAGAUGGCGGGUAAGUUAAUGAACAUCAAGCUUCACACCAGAAGGUUGCAGCGUGUGGUGAGGGAAUCCAGAAGGCUCUGCACGUGUGACUGCAAGCGUGCCAACUUCACAGGCCCCUAGCUUCCCCUUCCCCCCAUUUAUUGCUUAUAUUUCUUUUGUAAACUUAUAUAUAUUUUGUGGGAGUUCAAAAUUGCUUAAACCAGAAGUUAGUUAGGUACCACAUCUCGAUAUUUUUGUAGUGAUAUCUUUCUUUGUUUUGGAAUGGAUUGAUUCGACCAGAAGGGGAAAAAAAAUGAAAAGUUGAUGGGCGUUUAUGAAUUCAUGAUAAA